AACAUGUCAUGAUCUUAUUUAUGAGUUAAAAAUUACUUAUAGGUACAGAGAAACAACAACUUUAUACCACCAAUUGCGGACUCGCUAGUACAAACUACAAAGGAUAUAAUGCAAUAAAUCAAGCAUUAUUUAAAAUGAUUGUAUGUGCUCGAUUAUAAUUUCGGGAAGGUUCCAAUUAUAUUGAGUUUCAAUAUCUUGGAAUGACUCGGACUUCAUUUGAGAUCUCUAUGGAGGAUAUUUCCGCCUCGGAUGCCUACGCAUCCGAGGAAUCCCUAUCCUCUUCCUCUACCGGGUCAUCUUUACCCGAGCCUGACACUCGGUCAGCUCGAAAACCCAAUAUCCCCGAACCUCAACCGGUGAACCAAAUGCCCGGUCAGGUUUUUGCGGAGAGGGAGGAUCCGGUCAGCGACGAACCAGCCCCCUAUGACCCGGAUAAAGAGACCCGGGACCAAUGGGUAGAGAGGCUGGAAGUAGCCGGUUACUCCCCCCUCCCUACUUCCUUUGUCACAGACAUUUACCCCCAUGUUUCUAAGAUAGCCUUGAAUAAGGCCCGUAGGAAUCUUCCGGCGGGUUAUAUUCUUGAGUACGACGAGAACUGGUCCAACAUCAUAGAACCGCACCGGGACGAUAGGAUAGGUUUUCAUAUUGCCUCCUUAGAGAGUGGUACCGUCUUUCCCCUCUGCCCACUCCUGGUCGAGCUGUGUCACUGCUUCAGGAUUCUCCCCGGGCAGAUCACACCCAACGCUCACCGGUUGCUUAAUUCUUUCGCAAACAUCUGCACCCAUCUUCGCAUCGAUCCCUCUCUUCGCCUCUUCUUGUAUAUGUUUGAGGAAAGAUUUGUCUUCAUAAAAUUUUCCCCUUCUGCCAACCCUCUGGCCGGCUUGAAGUGGAGUGACAAUCUCCUCAAGCACCAGUUCACCGAACCGCACACCACUCCAGACUUGGAGGAGAGUUUGGAAAAGCUUCUCAGGGGGGAUCCCUACACCGGUCAGAUGUACCACUAUGGUGGUUGGGUCUGGCGCACCCAACCGGGUGGCGAGGGUACCUCCCAAGCCCAUGAAGCAGCGGGGCACGGGGUACCCUCCCCGGGCGACACUGCGGAGGCUGGAGGCCCAAGUCACCCAGAUAUGAACUUCAGGUCCUUCGGCAUCCCUAAGACGGCCGGUGCGUCUUCUUCUGCUGGUCUCCACACUUCCGCUGCCAAAACCGUGCCAGUUCAGAAGGAGACCAUAGAGGUCCACUCCGAAGAGGACACUCCUCCAACCGGUGGAGCUUCCCCGGCCGGCAGGGGACCGGAAAACCCCACCCUCCACAAGGGAAAGGGGAAGAUGAGGAUGAAGAAAGUUGCCACCACACAUCCGGCGGCGAAGAGGAGAAGGGGAGAAACUUCCCCGGCUGGAGAAUCGAUGGAGGAGCUGUGGGUCAAGAUGACCCUUAAGCUGAAAGAGAUGGGCGAGGUUGGCCCGGAGACUUUGGAGAAGCUCGCGGGGGACUCCCCCUCCCGGUCAUUUCAGCUGGAGGAGAAGCUGAAGGGAGUCGAGGCCCACAACUGGGAGCUGCAGGACCUGAUUGCCCGGCAGCUUGAUGAGCUUUCCCAUCUCUCAGCGAUUGCCGGGGAGGCCAAGGCAGAGACCCUUCAGUUGAAAGAGGAGAACUUGAAGCUAUUGGAGGACUUGGAGCUGAAGGAGCGAGAGUUCCCCGGCAGGGCCAAGCAAUGGGUGGGGGAGAACCUGGAGGAGACGGCUCGGGUGAUCACAUCCACUCCGGAGGUAACGAUGGAGGCCUUCAAGUUCAUUUACCGGGAGGAGCAGGGGAAAGAGAUGAUCACGCAGAUCGGCUCCUACGCUUGCGGGGGAUGCGACGGCCCUGCAGCGUUAAGUGCACCGGCCAAGUUGACCGGGGCCAUGGUGCUGACCAGCUGGGGCUGGAAAGGUGAUGGUUGCGGCAUCGGCGUCUGGAACGACGUCACCGCCAUCGGAGCUUGUAGAGGCAUGGUCCCCGCGCCUGGAACGGCGAAUGGAAACAUACCAGGGAGGAAAGGCAUCCCCCCGUUCUGUUGGCACAUGGCCAUGACCUGGCCAAAGCCCUGGAUGGCUUGUAGGUUGGCUGGGUCAUUCAUGAACUGAGCCAUGCUUGGUGGGAACGUGACCCUGGGUCCAGCGGAAGGGAUGGGGGUCGCGAAGGGACUGAUCACGCUGGCCGUCAGGACAGAGCUCAGGCCCAGAGGCAGCACCGGGGCUGAAAUGACCGGUAUGGUAGCAGCCACAGGGAUGCUGGCGCCCUCAUUGGUGGCUUGCACCUGUGCGGAAGUAGCGUUGAU